GGAGUCGGCGUCGGCGCGCGCUCCAGGCCGAGGCUGUGUGGGCUGGGGAGGGAGCCAGGCGGCGGAGGCGGCGGCGGCGCCCUAGACCCGAGGGGACGCGCGGGCCUUGCGCCGCGGGAACGGACGGCGGCGGAGGAGACCCUAGGCUCGCAGCCCGAGGCAGGAGGGCUCGGCUCCUCGACUGCCCGCUUCCGAGGCCGCCGGCCGCUUCUCUUUCCAGGAGUAGCCGCCGCCCCUGGAGACUCGCCGUGACACGGGCCUAAGCUGCCGCCGCCACGGGCGUCCUGACCGCUCGGACCCGUCGGACCAGGCCGAGUGGGAGCGAGCUUGCGGGCAGGUGCCGCUCCCGGAGGGUGGGCCGGAGGCGAGGUGCCCACCGCGCCGCUCGCGGGCCGGGCUUGGCGGAGGGGCCGCUCGCGCAGCACCCGCACCGCGGGCCGGAGCCCGGGUCGCCGCCCCGCCUUCUCCCGGGACCGCCCGGCCGGAGCUGCGGGGGCCGAGGGACGCCGCGCCCGCCGCCGCCAGCCGGGCUCGCGCGGGAGAGCAGGGAGGAGAAACUUUGCCUUUUAUUGUUUUUAGUCCUUAAGUGCAAGGAACUCUGUGUUGGGAGGAAAAAUGUCCUUCUUCAAUUUCCGUAAGAUCUUCAAGUUGGGGAGCGAGAAGAAGAAGAAGCAGUACGAACACGUGAAGAGGGACCUGAACCCUGAAGACUUUUGGGAGAUUAUAGGAGAAUUGGGCGAUGGAGCCUUUGGGAAGGUGUACAAGGCCCAGAAUAAAGAGACCAGUGUUUUAGCUGCUGCAAAAGUGAUUGACACUAAAUCUGAAGAAGAACUUGAAGAUUACAUGGUGGAGAUUGAUAUAUUAGCAUCUUGUGAUCACCCAAAUAUAGUCAAACUUCUGGAUGCCUUCUAUUAUGAGAACAAUCUUUGGAUCCUCAUUGAAUUUUGUGCAGGUGGAGCAGUAGAUGCUGUGAUGCUUGAACUUGAGAGACCAUUAACUGAGUCCCAAAUACAAGUAGUUUGCAAACAAACUUUAGAUGCAUUGAACUACUUACAUGAUAAUAAGAUCAUCCACAGAGAUCUAAAGGCUGGCAACAUUCUCUUUACCUUAGAUGGAGAUAUCAAAUUGGCGGAUUUUGGAGUAUCAGCUAAAAACACGAGGACAAUUCAAAGAAGAGAUUCCUUUAUUGGUACACCAUAUUGGAUGGCUCCUGAAGUAGUCAUGUGUGAAACAUCUAAGGACAGACCCUAUGACUACAAAGCUGAUGUUUGGUCCCUCGGUAUCACUUUAAUAGAAAUGGCUGAGAUAGAACCACCUCAUCAUGAAUUAAAUCCAAUGCGAGUGCUGCUAAAAAUAGCAAAAUCUGAGCCACCUACAUUAGCACAGCCAUCAAGAUGGUCUUCAAAUUUUAAGGACUUUCUAAAGAAAUGCUUAGAAAAGAAUGUGGAUGCUAGGUGGACUACCUCUCAGCUACUGCAGCAUCCUUUUGUUACUGUUGAUUCCAACAAACCCAUCCGAGAACUGAUUGCAGAGGCAAAGGCUGAAGUAACAGAAGAAGUUGAAGAUGGCAAAGAGGAAGAUGAAGAGGAGGAAACAGAAAAUUCUCUGCCAAUACCUGCAAGUAAGCGUGCAUCUUCUGACCUUAGUAUCGCCAGCUCUGAAGAAGAUAAACUUUCACAAAAUGCUUGUAUUUUGGAAUCUGUCUCAGAAAAAACAGAACAUAAUAACUCUGAAGAUAAACUCAACAGCAAAAUUCUUAAUGAAAAACCCACCACUGAUGAACCUGAAAAGGCUGUGGAGGAUAUUAGUGAACAUGUUACCGAUGAUCAGUUAGAAGCAAUGACUGAACUCCAUGACAGAAAAGCAGUACUGAAGGAGAAUGAGAGAGAGGAGGAGAGGCCCAAGCUUGAAAAUCUGCCUGACACAGAAGACCAAGAAACUGUGGACAUUAAUUCAGUCAGUGAAGGAAAAGAGAAUAAUAUAAUGAUAACCUUAGAAACAAGUAUUGGACAUAAUCUAAAAUCUGAGGAAGAAAAGGAUCAGGAAAAGCAACAGAUGUUUGAAAAUAGGCUUACAAAAUCUGAAGAAAUUAAAGAUACUAUUUUGCCAAUAGUAGAUUUAGUUUCUCAAGAGACUGGAGAAAAAGAAGCAAAUAUUCAGGCAGUUGAUAGUGAAGUUGGGCUUCCAAAGGAAGACACCCAAGAGAAAUUGGGGGAAGACGACAAAACUCAAAAAGAUGUGAUCAGCAAUACAAGUGAUGCGAUAGGAACAUAUGAGGCAGCAGAUGUGGCUCAGAAAGCAGAUGAAGACAGUGCUGAGGAUACACAGAGUAAUGAUGGGAAAGAAGUGGUCGAAGUAGGCCAGAAAUUAAUUAAUAAGCCCACGGUGGGUCCUGAGGCUGGUGGUACUAAGGAAGUUCCUAUUAAAGAAAUAGUUGAAAUGAAUGAAAUAGAAGAAGGUAAAAAUAAGGAACAGGUAAUAAACAGUUCAGAGAACAUAAUGGACAUCAAUGAGGAACCAGGAACAACUGAAGUUAAAGAAAUUACUGAGUCAAGUGUCACUGAAGAAAUAGAGGUCAGAAGUGUGGUAGCUGAUACCGACCAAAAGGCUUUAGUAAGUGAAGUCCAGGAUGCUUCUAAAGUCACUACUCAGAUAGAUAAAGAGAAAAAAGAAAUUCCGAUGUCAAUUAAAACAGAGCCUCAAGUCACUGCAGUUUCACAGCCCAGUGAACCUCAGCCUGUUCUAAUACCUAGUAUUAAUAUCAACUCUGACAGUGGAGAAAAUAAAGAAGAAAUAGGUUCUUUAUCAAAAACUGAAACUAUUCUGCCACCAGAAUCUGAGAAUCCAAAGGAAAAUGAUACUGAUUCAGGCACUGGUUCCACUGCUGAUACUAGCAGCAUUGACUUGAAUUUAUCCAUCUCUAGCUUCCUAAGUAAAACUAAAGACAGUGGAUCAAUAUCUUUACAAGAAACAAGAAGACAAAAGAAAACAUUGAAGAAAACGCGCAAAUUUAUUGUUGAUGGUGUAGAAGUGAGUGUAACAACGUCAAAGAUAGUUACAGAUAGUGAUUCCAAAACUGAAGAAUUGCGGUUUCUUAGACGUCAGGAACUUCGGGAAUUAAGAUUUCUUCAGAAAGAAGAGCAAAGAGCCCAACAGCAGCUCAAUAGCAAACUACAGCAACAACGAGAACAAAUUUUCCGGCGCUUUGAGCAGGAAAUGAUGAGUAAAAAGCGACAAUAUGACCAGGAAAUUGAGAAUCUAGAAAAACAGCAGAAACAGACUAUCGAACGCCUGGAACAAGAGCACACAAAUCGCUUGCGAGAUGAAGCCAAACGCAUUAAAGGAGAACAAGAGAAAGAGUUGUCCAAAUUUCAGAAUAUGCUGAAGAACCGAAAGAAGGAGGUUAUAAAUGAAGUGGAGAAAGCACCCAAAGAGCUGAGAAAAGAGCUCAUGAAACGCAGGAAAGAGGAGCUUGCACAAAGCCAGCAUGCUCAGGAACAAGAGUUUGUUCAGAAACAACAGCAAGAAUUAGAUGGCUCUCUGAAAAAGAUCAUCCAGCAGCAGAAGGCAGAGUUAGCUAAUAUUGAGAGAGAGUGCCUGAAUAACAAGCAACAGCUCAUGAGAGCUCGAGAAGCUGCAAUUUGGGAGCUCGAAGAACGACACUUACAAGAAAAACACCAGCUGCUCAAACAGCAGCUUAAAGAUCAAUAUUUCAUGCAAAGACAUCAGCUACUUAAGCGCCACGAGAAGGAAACAGAGCAAAUGCAACGUUACAAUCAACGACUUAUUGAGGAAUUGAAAAACAGACAGACUCAAGAAAGAGCAAGACUGCCCAAGAUUCAGCGCAGUGAAGCCAAGACUCGAAUGGCCAUGUUUAAGAAAAGUUUGAGAAUUAACUCGACAGCCACACCAGAUCAGGACCGUGAUAAAAUUAAACAGUUUGCUGCACAAGAAGAAAAGAGGCAGAAAAAUGAGAGAAUGGCUCAGCAUCAAAAACAUGAGAAUCAAAUGCGGGAUCUUCAGUUGCAAUGUGAAGCCAAUGUCCGCGAACUGCAUCAGCUGCAGAAUGAAAAAUGCCACUUGUUGGUUGAGCAUGAGACUCAGAAACUGAAGGAGUUAGAUGAGGAACAUAGCCAAGAAUUAAAGGAGUGGAGAGAGAAAUUGAGACCUAGGAAAAAGACACUGGAAGAAGAGUUUGCCAGGAAACUACAGGAACAGGAAGUAUUCUUUAAAAUGACUGGGGAGUCUGAAUGCCUUAACCCAUCAACACAGAGCCGGAUUUCCAAAUUUUAUCCUAUUCCCAGCUUGCAUUCCACCGGAUCAUAACAAUGGGAAACAUUCUGUGCGUGGGUUUGGCUCUUUCAGUGUGUCAUUCUGUUCUCAUCUUCUGCCACAGUCUCUGUCAGAUAACUCACGAAGACAAUCACCUGCCUCACCUUCUAGCUGUUUUCCUUUUUUUUUUUUUUUUUUUUUUAAAAAAAAAAAGCAAAGAUGAAGGGAAAACAAACUAAGAUAGAUGCUAGGCCAUGUUGGCAAAGUAGCAUCUUGGUGACUAAGGUGACUUUGUAUAUUCAUCUUAAAAAUUAUGUUCUUUAGACACUGCUACCUGAAAACUGUUGGAGAAAUAAUGUUUAAAGUUAUUUAAGAAAAACUGUUACAUCACUAAGUAUUAAUAAAUUCCUUUUACCUGACGUAACUUCUCAUUGAUGCCUAAAUUCUAUAGUUGAAGCUCUGCUGUAGAGCGUUGGGAUAAUUUUCUUUUGGUGGAUCAGCUCUCAUAAAAAAGCUAUGAUUUGCUCAACUAUGCUAUUGACUCAGUAGAUGAAUAUAUUUUUUCUUUAAAUAGGAACAACCUCUUUUAAAAGAGAAAAAUUAUUUCCGUGAUUUGUCAAAACGAAUUACCUCUUUAGGCAUGAGCUAAUAAUUGAGGGUGCUGAUUUUCUUAAGAUAGUGCCUGAAACACUACACUUCAGUCAAGUCGUAAGUAGGAUUUUCUUUUUGAUCAACAGGGACAAAAACAUCCUUAGAAUUAAACAUGGUUGUUUUGGAAUUUUUGCUUCUCUUACCAUUUGAUAGAAAUUUUCAUCCUAAAACACAUAUACAAAGUUUGGAAAGAUGAAAAAAGGAGGUAGCUUUUAGAUUGCAAAUUGGAAAUGUAAAACUCAUGAAACUUAAGCAGUGUAGGUUUAGCUGUCUCUGUUUAUUUUCUAAAAUAAUACCUGAGCUGGUUACAUGAUUUCUCUCCAUCUUAGCUAAUUCUGUUUAAAACUCUGUCAGAGGCCUGCAGGCUGUGAGUUAUAUUUAUAAAUAUAUCUUUGGAAAUUAAUCUUAAAAGAGGCAUUUGUUCAGAAUACUUUUUUAAAAGUUUAAAUAUUUAGGCACAUGUCAGAAAUUACUUUUCCUUAUUUUGAAAUGAGGCUACUUAUGUCUUGGUUUUAUUUUGUUCCAUGUUUAAAUCAUUCACUUUGAUUUGAGUGGGAAAAGCCUGAAGCCUUUAUCAUGUGGUUGCUGAUGUGUAUAAUUAUUAAUGAAAUGUUCACUCCUAGUCCCUUUUGAGGCUUAGAAUUUCAACCACGUGUCAGGUCAGACAGUAUUAUAAACUGUACUUUGCUGUGUGAGACAGCACAUUUGUAAAUGAUGCCUGCUGCCUGCCAUUUUCAACCUAUUCUCUCCAAGAGUGCUAGGUACCAAAUUGUCAAAGUUUGUUUUUAGUUAUAUUCCUUUUGAGGCUGGUAAAAAAUUUAAAUGGAACUUUGUGGGAACCCUGAUUCAUAUUUAGAAAAUGUAAAUGUCUGUAGCACUUUCUUGCAGUUAAUUUGAAAACUUUGGAUGCUGAACUUUGUUUUGUCAGUGAUUUAGAUGAUUUAAAAAUGCAUGUGUGAUUUUAAUUUUGUAAUUGUUUUGACAAGCAUAAUUUACUUGGACAACUUUGUAGGUAGCCUUAACUUCUGGCCAAGUUUGUUUUUUAUAUAAAUAUAUAUACGUAUAUAUAUAUACAUGUUAUGUAUGGUUGUAAAUUCAUACACUUAUUACACGAAUGUUACUGUAUACAAAACUCUUAAUGCUUUAUUCUCAAAUGCUGGGUUGAAAAAUGUUUUGAAAGCCUUUUAAAAUAUAUAUCUUUAUAAAGUAAUAUUCAGGAUGAUGAUAAAAAUUGUUUAUAUUGUUAUGAUAAAAAUGACAGUAUAAUGUUGCCCAGUGUAUUUAAUGAUUUAUUUGAAGAGGGAUUGGGAAGGAACAUUUUCAAAACACUUUCUCCUUUGAAAUUUUCAGUUUAUUGACUUAAAAAAUGAAUACCUCAGGCAGUAGACUUUUUUUUUCCAGUAUCAUUUAAUUGAUACCCUGUGUGCUAAAUAGUGUGUGGUGCCUGAUUAAUUUGGUCUGAAUAUUUGAUUCUUUCUGUUCCUUUCAACUUGACAUUCAGAGUAUUGAUUCAAGGAGAGAGGCUCAGAGUAGAAUGGUUGACGCUGUGGGUAAGGUUGCAGCAACUCUCGGAUCUCCCUCAAAACUGCCUUUUGGAUUCAGUGUUUGUGCUUGAGUUCGCUUUCAAAUAUGACCAUAUUCGUGUGGGUGCAAGACUGUACAGUGACACAUAUGUAGAGGUAAAGCAUUCAUUUUAAUACGUAAAGUUAUAUAAAUCUUUUCAAAAAGUGUUUUGUUAUAAAAUAUGCUGUUUGUACCCAUACCAGCCCCACCUCUUCUGAGACCCUGUAUUCAAAUAGAUGAUAGUGAUCUAUCUUUCUUGCAUGAAGUAUAGGUGGGGAGUGGGCGAGGGGCACAGACUUCUUUGAAAUGGAAGAGUGCAGUCAAAUCUACUCCUGAUUUGGCUUUUUGUUGCUGUGGCAGAAUAUGCCAUGAAACACAUAAAAACUUCUCCAAACGUGCACCCUCAUCAGCCACCUCCUCCCCUCUUUCCCUGAGUGCUGUAAACACAGCAGACCUGCACACUUCUGCAGAUCCAGCUCCUAGAGCUUGGGGUACCAGGCUGCCUUUCCUAGUCCUGUCAACAACCAUACGGUGUGAAUUGCUGAAUUAGCUGCUAUUCUAUGUAGAGUCACAUUAAGCUUUUUCUUAUCUUUUUCUAUGGGGAAGCUAUAGGGUGGGUAAGGAAAAAAUGUUGAAUGCUUUUACUUUGCUGAAAAUAUAAGAACUCUCUUGUGACAGGAUACAGCAAAUUAUAAUUAAAUAUAAAUUACCAGAACCAGAGCUACCUCUAAGUCAUACUUCCUCAAGCACAAAGCUCUCAGGCAUAUGAGACCCACUUUAAUGAAGGGUCUCUGAUUUCUUGAGCAUCAGCGAGUUUCAGAAGUGACUAUUUUUUUGUACUCUUUUAGUUUCCUUGUAACUGUACACUUUUUCCCAUUCCACACUGUGCUUAAAUAACAAAGACUCUUCUGAGAAGCCAAAUUCUUUCCAGGUAUUAACUAGAGAUAUUGUUGAUUAAAGAAAAUCUAGAAGUGAAGAGAGUUCCAGUUCUAAUAGUCUUUUGAUGAACAGUUCUUUUCUGAGAAAUGUUUAUAAGAAAUGGGGUGAUACUUUAAAUGCUUUUCUUAAGUUGAAGGCACAACAGUUAAUGGCUGUAUUGUUGCUGUUCUGUUGCUGACAUGUUUCUGAUAAAGCUUUAACAUUCCUGCUACUAAUCUUGGCGGAGAGUGUUUGCCAGGUUUCAGUGUGGGCUGCAGCUUUUUGUGCUCCUUAUCUGGUUUGCAGUGUAAUGAGUUCAUAAGCUAAAUUUUCAGAAAUAAGUUUGUUUCAGAUUAUGCCUCUUGUCUACUUGGGAGCAACAUGUCCUUUCAAUCAUGGGAUUGACACAUGAAAAAUAAAGUUAUUUCUUAAUCAA